AUGGACAAGAGUUGGAUGAUGAUAAAAGAUAGGUUGAAAAGUAAAGAGUAUCAACAAGGUGUUAAAUCAUUUAUUGACUUUGCUAUGAAGGAUUUAGGCCCACACGGUGAUAUUCGUUGUCCGUGUGUCGAUUGCUUGAAUGGCACAAAACAUAGUCGACAAGUUGUAUGGCUACACUUGAUUCAAAGAGGAAUUGCGUAUUCUUAUAGAACUUGGGUGCACCACGAGGAACAUGUUCCAUUGUGUCAUGAUCAGCCUAGUAUGCCAAACAUUGAUGGCGAAAGAUAUGGAGCUACAAUUUUUGACAUUAAAAAUAAUUUGGGCGAGUUGCCUACUAUGUUGGAAGAGAUUUACAUGCGUGGCCUUAUGGAUGAUCAUAUCGAUGAAGAACCUAAUAGCUCAGAGAGAGAAAAUUUGGUAAAGCUCAUUAGGUUGUUUGAUAAUACUAGAUGCAAAAUGUACCCAGAGUGUGAAAAGUUUUCUAUAUUGUCCUUCGUUAUUAAGAUGCUUCAUAGAUACGAGGCCAUUCAUGCAUGCAAGAAUGAUUGUAUUUUGUUUUGGAAGGACAAUGCCAAACUGGAGAAUUGCCCUACAUGUCUGGAGUCUAGAUACAAGUUCAACAAUCAGAGUGGUAAAAAGAUUCCUCACAAAAUAUUGAGGUACUUUCCUUUAACACCAAGGUUGAAGAGAUUGUACAUGUUGAAAAAAACCGCCGCAAAUAUAAGAUGGCACAAAGAGAAGCGUGUGGAUGAUGGAAUGUUAAAGUAUCCAGCCGAUGGCCAGGCAUGGAAGGACUUUGAUAUGCAGCAUCCUACAUUUUAUGUGGAACCCCGGCAUGUAAGGUUAAGGAUUGCCACAGAUGGUUUCAAUCCGUUUGGAAAUAUGAGUACAUUGUACAGCAUGUGGCCCGUACUGUUAAUGCCUUACAAUCUUUCUCCAUGGAAGUGUAUAAAAGAACCAUUUUUGAUGAUGUCAAUGCUUAUUCCCGGUCCAUCUGCCCCUGGAAGAGACAUCGAUAUUUAUUUGCAACCAUUAGUGAAUGAGUUAAUGAAUUUGUGGGAACAUGGUGUGCAAACAUAUGAUGCCUCAAACGGUCAAAUAUUUAAAAUGCAUGCAGCAGUCAUGUGGACCAUUAAUGACUUCCCUGCAUAUGGUACCAUAUCUGGUUAG